AUGGCGAUACCCCACUUUGCGCAGCUGCAGCCGCAGUUCCUGAUCCCUCAAGCCUUCCCUCACGCCAUCGUGCACCAGGGCCUGGAAGGGCCCCACAGACCUCGGGGUCCGAGGAAUCGCAGCCAGGAGCCUGCUCGACCCUCUGUGGAUCCAUACGCCUACCGAAAAAAGCAAACAUGCUUUCGCGACGAGGAAACAGGGAAUGUGGUGUUUCGGUAUGACACUGUCGACCUGGUGGUCAUCACCCCGGCUGGCGAAGUCACCCUGGACUCUCAGGACGCUGCAGAUCUGCAUGUCUUCCGGUCGUUGAACGACGCGCUGGCCCCGCUCAAUAUGAGGGUAACUGCCCCCUCUGGACGCUGGGACAUUGGCGACUGGUCUGUUUCAGACGGUCGGGCCCUGCUCCGCUUCCAGGACGGCAUGAAGCUGCCCCCCAAGGGCCCCGCUGCGGCCUCGAGAGCUCAGCUCAUGCUGGAUGGUUUCAAGAAGGUCGGCAAGGUCGGGCCGCCGGGCAGGGCCCCGGGCAGCGGCCAGCGUGGCGGGUACCCACAGCCACCGCACCCGUUCUACAUCCCAGGCGGCGCUCCCUACCCUCCGCCGCCGCAAGCACCCAAGGUGGCGCUGCCGGGCAGCGCUGCGCCAGACGUGUUCUCGCGGCUGGGCGGCAAACUGGAGACGGGAAUUUCCGAGGGGGAGCGACGCCUGCUGGCCCAGGGCAGACUGGGUUGA